AUGCAAUCGAUACGUGAACGAGCUUAUGAUAAUUGGAAAGUGUAUUCCUUGGGAGGGGAAUUAAUGUUUCGUUGUAAUACCAAAAAGAUAUCUUGGUAUUUAUCGAGAAACCUAGCAAAUCAAAUUGCGGAUGAUAGCAUUCAACUAAAUUUUCAACCCAAAGGGUUAGGACAUAUCUUUGAUAAAUAUCAUUUGGAAGAUAGAUGCAACUUUUGUGUUUGCUGCGGUGACAAUGAAAAUUUGACUAGACAUCAUGUGGUUCCUGAGAUGUAUCGUAGACAAAUGCCUGAGGUCGUAAAAUCUCAUACGAAUCAUGAUAUUCUUUUGAUGUGUAUAAAGUGUCACACAUCAUAUGAAAAGGCAGCAAGCGAACUAAAAAAGAAAAUUGCCAAAGAUUUUGAUAUGCCAUUGAACGGUCGAGGUCGAGUUCGUUUGGAUUACAAUGUAAAAGUGAAAAAAGUUGCUUCGGCGUUAAAUAAAACUGGGAUCCCAGAAGACCGAAUGCGAGAGUUAAGAAAUAUUUUAUUCACUUGGCAACAAACUACCAAUAAAGUCAAAAGUGAUAAAUUAGAUGAUUUAAUUGAGCAAGCUCUCAUGUUGCCAGAAUAUGAAAAAACUAAUGAGUUCAUUGAACAUGGUGAAUAUAUCGUCAGUCAAUUAUUGAAAGAUAGUUAUUAUGUAACUGGUUCGGAAGAUAUUAGUAGUACAAGAGAGAGGUGGCCAAAGUUAGAAGAAUUUAUUUAUCUUUGGAGGGAUCACUUUGUGAAAACCACAAAUCCACAAUUUCUAUCAAAACAUUGGAAAGUCAUUGAUACUCAAAAUUUAUGCAAUUCCAAAAGUCAACAUGAAAAGUUGAUUCCUGCCGAAUGGUUUCGUUAUUACGGAUAUCUCACAAAUGGAGGAAUUCUGGAACAAGAUAGUUGGACGAUUAUGCAGACAGAUCACGUACUUUUGAGCAAGAAGAUAUUGCUUGCUCCAUCAGCGCAUCAGACCUGUGCAGAAGAUGGCUUGGAAAGUCCACAGAUUGGAAUGGUUGGUAACACGAAGCAUCAUUCUGAUGGUAUGGGAUCAAACAUGCAAGAAGGAAAAGGAUUUGAUAUCAUUCGAUAA